GGAAGGGACUGGGGGCACCCAGCUGGGCAGAGGGGCCCGGCCCACCCUCUCCGCUCUUGCCCUACUCCACUCCAUGUGGGGGAUCAGGUGCCAGUGCCCCUGGGGAGGCAGGGGUUCCUUGGAAGCUAGACUGAGAUGCAGGAGUCUGUGGGAUCUCUGGGGAGGGGAUGCCCCAAGCCUUGCCAGGUGACCUGGGCCUGGACAGCCAGGAGGGCUGCAGGGCUGAGGAGGGUAGGUGACCUGAUGGCCAGCCAGGGGACCUGGGCCAGCCAGCCAGGCUCUCCGUCUGGCGCCUCCAUCCAGCCUAAGUCCCGCCCACUUGCCACACCCCUGACUCACUUCCUUUGCAGAGAAGCGGAAACCUCCCCAGAGUUUCCUCCCGACCUAAGGCUCCCGGGACCUGCAGGUGCUGCUACCCCUCCAGGCCUGAGCUUGCCAGCCAGGCCCCUGACCCCAUCGGGACCCUCGGCAGGAAGCUGGUAUUUUCUGUGUCCUGAGUUGCGGCCUCAGCAUCUGGCCUCUGCAGGGGGCUGCCCUUGGUGGGCUGGGGGCCAGCAGGAACUUAACCUGACUCAGCUGCAGGGAGGGCGACCUGCAUGCGGAGCGCCGCCCCCGCGCCAUGGACAGCGGCCAGCCCAGUCUGGAGGCCGCGGGCCCCGGCGUCCCCCGCCCGAGCGUGAUCGCGCCGCUGCGCGCAGUGGUCCGUCUGCGCCGCCGCGUGUGCCUCCUGCGCAAGCGGCGCCCCCAGCCGCCCGGCUCGGGGUCGGCUUCCGCGCCCGGGGCGCCGCACGCUGACCCGGACCAGCCCCGGUUCUUCACCUUCGACGUCCCGGAGCCGCCGUCCAGAACGCCGCGCAAGAGGCGCCGACGCAGCCGUGUGGUGCUCUACCCGGAGACCUCGCGCAAGUACCGGCCUCACGCGGAGCGCCGCAGCCGCGCGCAGCGCUGCCUCCUGCUGCUCGUGGCCAUCGUGGGCUUCCAGGUGCUCAACGCCAUCGAGAACCUGGACGAUAACGCGCAGCGCUACGACCUCGACGGGCUGGAGAAGGCGCUGCAGCGCGCCGUGUUCGGGCAGCCGGCCGCCGUGGGGCGCAUCGUGGCGCUGCUGCGGGACUACCUGGCCACGCACGUGCACAGCCGCCCGCUGCUUCUGGCGCUGCACGGGCCCAGCGGCGUGGGCAAGAGCCACGUGGGCCGCCUGCUGGCGCGCCACUUCCGCGCGGUGCUUGAGGACGGCGCGCUCGUGCUGCAGUACCACGCGCGGCACCACUGCCCCAAGGGGCGCGCUGCGCAGGACUGCCGUGAGGAGCUGGCCCGGCUGGUGGCCGGCGUGGUGGAGCGGGCCGAAGCGGAGGAGAAGACCCCGCUCGUGGUGCUGGAUGAGGCGGAGCUCCUGCCCCUGGCGCUGCUGGACGAGCUGCACGGCUUCCUGCAGCCGCAGCGCGCCCACCACUUCCACAACGCCAUCUACGUGCUCCUCAGCAGCGCGGGCGGCGCGGAAAUCACGCGCUUCGUGCUGCAGAACGCGUCCCGCGCGCUGCCCCCGCGCCCCGACGGCGCCCGCGGUGCUCACGGCGACUGGGAUGCGGUGGCCGCCGUGCGGGCCGAGGAGGAGCUGCGCGCCGGCCUGCGGGCGCUCCUGGUCCGCGAGCACCCGCUGUGGCAGGCCGCGGCCAUCGUGCCCUUGCUGCUGCUGGACAAGCGGGCCGUGGUCAACUGCUUCCGGGACGAGAUGGCCGGGGAGGGCUUCUUCCCGGAGCAGGCCCGGGCCGAGCUCCUGGCCGCGCAGCUUAAGUACUACCGCGUGGCCGGCCGCGAGUUCGCCGUCACUGGCUGCAAGCAGGUGGUGGCCACGGUGAACCUCUUGUAGCAGGGGCCCGGCUGGACACGGCGGACGCUUGUGGGCACGAGGGGACAUCUUGGGGACAUCUCGGUCGUUGGUGGUAGUAGGAGGGAGGGGACCCUGUGGAUUUGCCUGAGGCCCCUAAUAAAUCUGUUUAUAGCCCCCACCGCCCUCCCUAACCCGUGGUUCACGCUGGGAGGCUGGUGGGGGUGGCUCCA